AUGGGACUGGGAUUUUGCCGUUUUGUUGAGCGAUCUCGGCUCUACUCACCAACAGGCGGUGAGACAGGAAGUGCCGAAAUUUCGGAGCAAAAAGACGGUUCACCUGCAAUCGUAGCGACAGUAACGACAGAUGAUCAUCGCCUCGUUGGGCCUGGUGACCGAGUCAAGUUUUUUGCCGAGGUCAGAAAUGGUGUCUACCACCAUCUUCUCGUAGUCUUUCAGAAAUCAGUCACUGUAUAA